UCAGAGUUCCCCUAAAUGUCAAGCGGGCGGCUUGGACGGGCGGGCGGGGCGGGCUCACUCGCACUCCCUCCCGGCCCUGCCGCCUGCCUCUCCCACCCAGGACGCGCCUCCCUCCCUCGGCUCAGUUCCUUGAGCUCCCUGUCUCCGACGCUGUCUUCUCCCGCCCGGCCGGAUCGGAUCCGAGCCGGAACAUGGAACCAAGGCAGCCCCCGGAGGCCCGAGAACCCGGACCAGGGGCAGAGACCGCCGCGGUGCCGCGCUGGGAGGAAGCCAAGACGUUCUAUGACAAUCUCUCGCCCAAGAAGAAACCCAAAUCGGCCUUGGCUCAUCCUGGUGACAGAGAUCGUAAGUUGUGGCCUGCCUGUCUCAGGAGUUUGGAGUGUGCCCACGGAGGCUCCAGAGAUGGUGGAUUCUCAGCCAAAGCCUCAGAAUGCGGUCACCAUCGCAGUGUCCUCCAGAGCCUUGUUCCGAAUGGAUGAGGAACAGAGGAUCUACACGGAGCAGGGUGUAGAGGAGUACGUACGAUACCAGCUGGAGCACGAGAACGAGCCCUUCAGCCCUGGGCCCGCCUUCCCCUUUGUAAAGGCCCUGGAGGCUGUGAACAAGCAACUUCGAGAGCUGUACCCCGAUAGCGAAGAUAUCUUUGACAUCGUCCUCAUGACCAACAACCAUGCUCAGGUGGGGGUUCGUCUCAUCAACAGUAUCAACCAUUACGACCUGUUCAUUGAGCGAUUCUGCAUGACAGGUGGGAAUAGCCCCAUCUGCUACCUCAAGGCCUACCAUACCAACCUCUACUUGUCAGCCGAUGCAGAAAAAGUGCGAGAAGCCAUUGAUGAGGGGAUUGCAGCUGCCACCAUCUUCAGCCCUAGCAAGGAUGUGGUCGUGUCCCAGAGUCAGCUCCGCGUGGCCUUCGAUGGGGACGCAGUACUUUUCUCCGAUGAGUCAGAGCGCAUUGUCAAGGCCCAUGGGCUGGACAGAUUCUUUGAGCAUGAGAAGGCCCACGAGAACAAACCUUUGGCGCAGGGUCCCCUAAAGGGCUUCCUGGAAGCACUAGGUAGGCUGCAGAAGAAAUUCUACUCCAAAGGCCUGCGGCUGGAGUGCCCGAUUCGUACUUACUUGGUGACAGCGCGCAGCGCAGCCAGUUCUGGAGCCCGGGCCCUCAAGACCCUACGUAGCUGGGGCCUGGAGACGGAUGAGGCCUUAUUCCUAGCUGGAGCACCCAAGGGCCCUCUUCUUGAGAAGAUCCGCCCACACAUCUUCUUUGAUGACCAGAUGUUUCACGUGGCCGGAGCUCAGGAGAUGGGCACCGUGGCCGCCCACGUGCCUUACGGCGUAGCUCAGAAUCCACGGAGGGAAAAGCAGUCCCUAGGCGCACAGUAGCUGAGCUACCUUGCUCCAGGCCCUGUCACGUUUCUGAACCGCGGCUGGUGAGCUUUUCAGGCUCCUCACUGUCCACCCUCCUGCAUGCCGCACUCAUCUCUCUGUACCAGGUACUCUUAGAACGUUAGGAAGACAGAGCCAGCAGUCUCGAAAUCCCUCCUGGGCAAACAUUGCCAUGACCCUGGCUAGAAAGCAGCACUCGGCAGAGUAUCCUGGGUGUCAGAGAGAAACUGGUGGGACAGAGAGUUGUGUAGACAGAGAAGCCAGCAUGCCUAAGGGCUUGGGAUGAGAACUAUCUCUAACGUAGCGCAAAGAACACUGUGUGAACGUGGGUAGAUUUAACAUCUAAAGCAGAUCUGGCAUGGAUGCAUGACUUAAGUUCCCCUUUUUCAUAAGCCUUGGCAUACUACCAUUUUUUUGGGUGGCUUUCAAUUUGUUCUUUAGCCAAAGAAGCUUGGUUUUAUAAGAUUGUGCACUAAAUUAAUCAUUUAGUGCUGGGGCUGCUAGUACCCACGGCACCUGUGUGGAUUACAAAAGGACACUGUCUAAGUGAAUGCAUUACAAAACUAAUGGCCCUUCCUUCCUCUGGCCCGAGCCGGGAUAUAGGCUAGAUUCCAGCCCUUUGCCCCUCAACCCCGAGGCCCAUCAAAUGAGAAGUGUGCACAGUGCUGCACAGUGCUGCACAGAUUCUCUCUCGAUAAUUUUUUCAUGUUUAGAAACCACUGCCCAAGGUGACCCUUUGCUUGCUGUGAUUUGCUAACCUGAGCCGUGGAGAGCUGCUACAUGCAAGGUGUUUGAAGAACUGAAGGGAGGAACGUCGCCCACAUGCAGAUUCUCCUCUAGCCAGCAGAGGGCACUGCAGGCUCUCUCUGAAGAAGGCUUCAGUGGCUCGCCAACUCUGGGUUUCCUUUGCCUCUAGCUUCAGGGCAAAGUUCAGUUAGUCCUGCCUGCCGGUCUCCUCAGCUCAGUCCUGGGUCUGCCAGUCAUUUCCACCUUCCGUGCUGUAAGGAAGUUCUCCUAACAGAGAAGGAACUCUAGCCCUAAAUAUGGAGAAACCACAGGCUCUAAAGCGAGUCGUUGUCCAGGCUGUGCCUGAGGUGUAGGUGCCACAGUGAGAUGUGGGAAGUAUCAGGUCUGUUCUGAAACCAAAGACGCUAAGAAAGUGGUAGCUUAGGGAGGAAUGAGUUGAAUGCGUCCCAGCAUGGUUCUGCUGUGGAGAGUGAGUAGAAGUCAGUCAGAGCUACCCCGGAAGUAAUACGCUGUCAUCAGGGUGCUAUGCAAAGGAUUCUGGGAUGAACCAGCCUUCCUGAGAGAUAUCCGCGGUUGAUCCAUCUUUGCAUGAAUCUCUACAGCCCUUUCUUCUCCACCUGAUGAGUGAUGGACCACCUCCUUCUUUGCUAAGCAGCCCUGGCACUCAGAGGAAGGGUGGAAGAGUGGAUGGUUGCCCCCCUUGGAAGACAAGAAAGGGCAAGCAUGAAUGUGUACAAUGAUUGCCUGGUUCCCACAGGGAUUUCAGCAAUGAGGGAACCCAGAAGCAUCAUCAGAGGGCCAGGAGCUGAGGAGGGCCAGAGGAGAGGAGCCUGGAGGUAGGGGGAAGGCAUCCGGGGACUCAAACCUCUGUCCUUCUAGGAUUUGAAUCAGGGUCUGAAUGAGUUCGUGUUCUGGGCAGUGUGUCCUGGAGUGACAGCUGCAGGAAGGAGGAGAAGGAAGAUGCAAGAACUCCCAGAAGUGAGUACCAGCUUGCUCUACGGGCAUGCAGAUGCUAUUCCUGGAAGGGACGUGAGGUUGACACCCACCACAGCUGCUUAACGGAGCCAUUGGCAUUAUUGCAGCCAGAAGGGUGUGGGGUGAAGGUGUCUUCACACAGGGUCGUUUUCGUCAUUAUAACCAGGACAUCAAAGUCUGCAAGGGGAUCUCCUUGCACUAUCUGUACCCCACUUCUGGCCAGAGAUGCCAUGUGGCCCAAGAACAGCUGCAAGAAGAGGAAACUGGGGUGACAGAGGAAGUUUCAAGGCCCUUUCCAUCUUCACUGGAUCGCACUAGAGCCCCUUGAAGGGUCUCAGCAGAGGCUCAUGGUCAGUGGUCACAAGAAUCUUGUAAGGAUAUGCAGAGCAGAGACUCACAGAUUGUCCUUAGGUUGCCCAGUCAGGAAAGACCUGUGGACUGUGAAGACAGCACCAGCUGCUGCUGAAUUUGGGAUGAGAUCUAGUGCCCAGGGCCUGCUCAUUGAAGGCUGCAGACCCUCCCAGGUUUCCCAGGAAACAGGAACAGUGCUGUGCCAGAAGUAAAAAGAUAAGGUGCAGUAAAGGGCUGUGGCUCUCACUGGAACCACCAUUAAUAGAUACAGACAGCACUUGACAGCGCAGAACGGUCCAAAUUCUAUUAUUGAGACCACAGAUGAGCAUCUCAAGCCUGGGCAGAAGCUUUUGAAGCUGGUACAACAGGCCAGAAGUCCUGGGGGCAGGCUCGAGCUGCAGCCAGACAGUCCUCCUGAUGGCCUCAAGAGCUGAGAAGCCUGGCAGUGUGAAGCUUUAUUUAUUGUGUUACCAGGAGAUUUAAAAACCGACUGAGCACCAAAGCCCCAGGCAAAGCCUUUAACUGCAACACUGGCGUAGAGGAGCCACAGAUCACCGGAGCUCUUUAGCUGGAAGUACCAUGUCCCUAUGUCUGGCAGAACUCUGCUCCUAGGAAGUGCUUGCCAACAGGAUUCCAGACCCAGUGGAACUGCCACUCAGCAGAACAGUAGCUCUGUUUGUUAUUAAGCAUGGAGACGGCUAAGAUUAUUACAGAACUCCCUUCAGGGGAGGGUGAUAUAGUUGGGCAUCUGGCUCAGUCGGAAGAGUGCUUGCCUACUGAAUUCAAAAGCCUGGAUUCACAACACACAACAAUGCAUAAGCUAGACAUGGUGGUGCACACCUACGAUCCCAACACCAGAGAGACAGAGACAGGGGGAAUCGGAAGGUCAGGGUGACCCUUGGCUGCAUAGCCAGUCCACAGCCAGUCUAGGGUCCAUGAGACCCCAUCACAAAAAGGAGAAAGCAAACCUUUACUUACGUGGUGGUCCAACUGCAUUCAUGGGAAUGCAGCAGAAUAUGCUAGAAAGAAAAUAGAAGCUAGCAAGGUGUUCAGAUCCAAAAUAGACUUGAUGGUACACCUGUAUUCAAUUAGUGUGUAUCCAUGCGGUCAAAGACAUGAUCAGAAUAUCAAAUGUGGUAAACAGCUCUGCCCCAAGUCCCUGGGGUAUCCCUUGAUACCAUCAGCUGCCCACACUCCUCCACUGGAAAUGCAUCUUGCCGUAAUCCAGCCUUCAUGAGAUGUUCCAGUACUGUGGCCCAUGACUACUCCCUAGCGGUAUCCUGACCAGGGAUCCUGAUCGGGAACCACCAUAAUUUGCUCAAAGUUACCCAGCUAGCAGAUGUCAGUGAUGGGACAACAAAGCCACCCUCACAAUGGAAUGUUCCAGAAUCCACUACAAACAUGACAAGCUGUCCUAUCUACUGUCAUGCUUGAAGUCACCAUCCCAUCAUGACAGUCCCCCUUACAAAGCCCAGGCUUGGCCUCAGAUUCUUCAGGCAGCAUUUCAGGAGGACAAGGAGAAGGAGGAGGAGGAAGAUGAGGAUGAAGAGGACGAGGAGGAUGAGGACAAGGACAAGGAGGACCAUUGGCCCCGUGGCUGGCAACUUUUCAGGAAAGGAUACCUGAGAACAAGUGUCCUGGGUUCUACCCUUAAGGCAAAGUGCAGAAACCUUGCUUGCCAGUAGGUGACACUGUAGGCUGGCACUCAGCUGUGCCAGUAGUGCAUGGCUUGAUUUUCUCUCCUAUGCUACUGGUUACUAUGCUGGACUCCAGCAGCCUAAAAGGACUUCCUUUAGGUGCUCUGACAAUGUUCCUGAAACAUCUCCAUAUGACGAGCUGAUGGCUCUCACCGAAAACCACUGUGACCUGUGUAUGGGGAAACAUUCAUGAAUGUGUGCCUCUGUACGGACUGAGUACGUAUUUAUGGGUGCCGCAGCUCGGAUUUCUCUGCUGGUGACUCUGUGUGCACAAGUGUGUCUGUGUCUCUGCGUGUCAUGCACACUUGCGAGCUUGGAGUGUGUACAGACAGUUAUAUUAGUUGAGGAUCCUGGGCCCCACAUGCUGAUGACCAGCGUUACUCCUGGGGACUCUCCUCAUCCCAUGGGCACUGCAUGGGAUCACCUGAGGGCCCUGAAGCCAGGCCUCUCAGUCUUCCUCUCUAGCUUUCUGGUUCUGUUCCACUUCUGUUGCCUCUGACUUCUCUGUCUCCUUCCCCUGUGGCUCUGCAGCUUUGGGGAGGAAGUGGCAGAAUCUGCCUCCACCUGACUCAAUCCCCACGCAUCUCUUCCCUCCCCGCAACAGUGCCAGGGUUAAUACGGUCCAAUUAGGAGCUAUCUCACGGCCACCACUAGGAAAGCUGACAUCUUACUGGGCCUCCUGCUCUUGUCAGACAUGCAAGACCUUUGACCUUGACUUGGAAGUGUCUCCCUGAUGCCCUCCACGUCACCCCCACCCCAGAGAACGAACAAAUUGUGUUUGCAAAGUUAGAGUUUCUCUAAGGCGAACCAAAAAUCUGCAGACUGGCAUUUCAUACUCCUAGCUCAGGCUGAAUGUGCCUUCAUGGCUGUCGGCCACUACUCAAGGCUAGGCUUGUAGCUGACACUGAUCAGAAAGCUGCCAAGGUCAUUGCAAACAUACUGUGUGUGUGUGUGUGUGUGUGUGUGUGUGUGUGUGUGUGUGUGUGUGUCAGGGGCCACAAACCCUGUGUCUACAGGAGCCACACAAGAAACAGGCGCAGAGGGCAUUGGGCAAGGUCUUGAGAAGAAAAAUAACAUCGAGAAUCCAGAAACCAGUAUACCCAUGUAGGAAUUUGGGCUGGUGGGCCCUGGUAUUCUAUCUUUUUGUUUUGUUUUCUGAGAAAUUAGAAAUCUGAACUUUCAAUUAUUGGCAACCAUUUCAAGUUUAGAAAACUUUGUAUAGCCCAAAAGAAGCUUUUGUUGUUAGUCAGAUCCACCUCUCCAAUCUCCAGUUUGCUUUCUGCCUGAAGCCCAAUGAAUUGGGACUUUUAGACUCAAAUUACUGAGAAUGGAAGAGACAUUACUCUCAAAAUCACAGCUUGUGGUCUUUAGGAGACCUCAGAGAUGACAUAAAAUAUCCCUGGUGUAUUUUAAGUGCUUGGGUACGAGCCAGGCUUGGCAGUGCACACCUGUUAUCCCGGCACUAAAGAAACUGGGAUUGGACCAUGCUAAAUUCAAAGCCAGCCUGGCCUACAUAUGAAGACUCUAUUUAAAAAAAAAACCUGAAUAAUAAUGGAUAUGGUUGGUGGUGCACGCCUUUGAUCCCAACACUUUGGAGACAGAAGUAGGUGGAUCUCUGAGUUCAAGGCCAGCUUGUUCUUCCAAGCAAGCUCCAGGGUGGUCAACACAGUGAGGUCCUGUCUUAAAACUAAAGCAAGCUGGACUGUGGUGGCCCACACCUUUAAUCCCAGCACUAGGGUGGCAGAAGUAGGCAAAUCUGAGUUCUAGGCCAGCUAGGGUCUCACUCUGUCUCUCUGGUCUAUAGGACUACCUUGAGGAACCCUGUCUUGAAAAAAAAAAAAAAAACCCAAAAGACCAAAAAUAAAAUAAAACAAAACAAAAACUGAAUGAAUGGGCACAAACUUUAGUUUUAAAAUAACACACCUAUAAACUUCCAACUUCCUCUUUCAACAGUGUCUGAGUGUCCUCUGCUCAGAACAAGAGCAAGGACAAAGCCCACAUCUCACAGUAGUCCCCUGCUGUCUCCAUUCUCUACCACCCUGGGCUCCUUCUCCUGACGCCUCUGCCUUGCUGUUUGGCAUAACCCCCUCCCCGAAGUGCCUCCUUGGAGAACUAGAGCCCAUGUGCUCCUUUGUGUGACGUCCUUACCUGGGACCUGAGUGGGCACACACCUUUCUUAGCACCGCUCCUGAGCCUGCUCUCAGCACAUGGCGGGGGUAGGGGGGCUGCUCUGUCCACUCCCCUCCUGGUCACAUGACAAAGGAUGCUGCGAGCUUAUCACUGUGAGUCCCUUCCUCACGCCAGCCUAUGCCCUCGUCUUACAAGGGCUUCUGGUUCUUAAAAGCCAUUCAAAUAAAUAGCCAUUCAAAUAUGUGUAUAUUGUCUUGUUUUCUUCCUUCCUUUUCUUCCUUUUCCUUUUUUAAAAAAAGCUCAUUAUAAGUGAAUCUAGAAGUUGGAAUAAACCCUAAGAAAUCCAGCUCUGUUGUCGUUUUGAGACAAGUCUCACAGUUGUGAGCUGCCUUGCGGGUGCUGGGUAUAGAACUGGAUCGUCUGGAAGAAUGCACUUAACUUCUGAGCCAUCUCUCUAACACUGCUCUCUCUCUCUCUCUCUCUCUCUCUCUCUCUCUCUCUCUCUCUCUCUUGAUGUGUGUGUGUGUGUGUGUGUGUUGUUUUUAAGAUUUAUUUAUUUUAUGUAUGUGAGAACACUAUUGCUCUCUUCAGACACACUAGAAGAGGACAUCAGACCCCAUUACAGAUGGUUGUGAGCCACCAUGUGGUUGCUGGGAUUUGAACUCAGGACCUCUGGAAGAGCAGUCAGUGCUCUUAACCACUGAGCCACCUCUCCAACCCUCAUUUUGUAUUUUUUUUUUCUGUAUAACCCUGGCUAUCCUGGAACUUGCUCUGUAGACCUGGCUGGCCUUGAACUUGGAGAUCGGCCUGCCUGUGCCUCCUGAGUGCUGGAGUUAAAGGUGUACACCACCAUCCAUCCCAUUCCAGCUCUUUUUAUUUCUGUUCUUUUUCCAAUGCCUGGGUGUAGGCUGGGCCACUAUGCCUUUAUUCCUUGCACAGGCGGUGGCUCUCUGUGAGUUUGAGGCCAGCCUGCUCUACAAGGCAAGUUCAAAGCCAGGCAGGGGCACACAGUGAAGCAUGCUUUCCCGGAUGCUCUGGGCUUCCUCACUCUCACUGAAACAUCCCCUGUCCUUCCACCAUGGCACGGUUUUCUGUUUUCUCUCUUCCUCUUCUCUCCUCUACAGCUGUGUGGAUUUACAGCUUGCUUGCUCUGAUGUUUUCCUCUUAGAUCGUAAUAAAAUUGUCCUCAGACUUCAGAAAGAAAAACGAGGUCUUGCCAUUUAGCCCAGGCAAGUCUCAAACUCAAAAUCCUUCUGCCUCAAAUUUCCCAAGUUCUGGAACCUCAGAAAUGUGCCACCAAACCUGACUCAAAAUCCCAUGACUGAGCUCUCUCCAUAGACCCUGCUUCAUGAGGGGAGACUCCAAGAUGGUAGACUCCAGAAAGGCAAGCUUUUCCUCAUCAACGUGACAGGCUCUGGAAUCAGCUACACUGAGUUACAACCCCAACUCAGUGUGGGAUCAUCCUACACAAGGGUAUGAAUAUCCGAAGUGAGGCAAUGCGGGCCAUUUUGUGGGUUGGCUAAACAUCUCAGCCUUGUGACACAUCUGUCGUCUAGAGUCUGGGCGCACUGCUGUGGAAGCCAGUUAAGUUGAGACAGGAAGCUCACGCUAAACGUGAGUAACGCCAUUCUCUAGGCUCGGACCCUAGACUAUAUAGGAAGAAUGGGAGCUGAACACAGUCCCGUGUGUCCCUCUGCUUCCUGACUGCUACCUAAUGCCCUGGCUUUCUUGCCAUGAUGGCUUCCUUGCCCUUGAACUGUGAGCUAAAGUAAAGCCUUUCUCCCUUAAGUUGCCUUUGUCGGGGUUUUAUCAAAGCAACAAGAGUGGAUGCCAACACACCCCAGUGGAGCUCCUGAUGUCGACUCUAUUUGCUCUGGCGCUGCCAUGGGUGAGGAUGGAUCAGAAGAGGCAGAAAGGACGUGACAUUAAGGAAGAGGAUGAGCUGACUCCCACCCCAGCCCUCCUCUGGUGCCAUAGCAUCUUCAUUUCACCAUGCUGGCAGAGCAGGAAUCCAGGAAAAGCUUCAUCCAUCUUCUAUGAGUCACAAGCCCAAUUCAGUGCGUGACGAGCCUACACGAGGGUGCAAAUGUCAGAAGUGAAGCAGUGUGGGCCAUUUUGGGGUUUGGCUACGCAUCUCAACCCUCCCUCUGCCUGAUGUAGCAAGAAGCAUGUCUUCUGACCGUAAGACUAGACCCAAAUGUGCCUCCUUGAUCCUCUAACCUUAAGUCUGCUCCCUCUCCACCUCACAUACCUGGUCCCAGGCAUGAGAGGCAUGAGGUCUUCUACCUCCUUCCUCACAUCUCAGGUCCAGCAGGUGCCUUCAGGAGCCUUAGAGCCUCCGUCUUGGGCAAUGUCACAGCAAGUGUGCGCUCAGAUGUCUUCAUGAGACAUUUGAAUAAUGUCCGUUGGCUCGUGAUACUGGAACUAUUCACAGCUGUCCAGGGCCAGGGGAUCGUGUCCAUGGCAACGGAAACAGCUGGAAUAGAGGACAGGUGGUGCCCAAUACCUUCUGUUUUGUGGCUGCACUGCCGUGACUGAACCCUCUGCUUUCCAAAAUGCUCUCAAAACUGGAUUUGAGAACGAAAGGCUGGUGACAAGGCUGUGACUUGAAUGGGGGGGAGUGAGGGGGGGUUGGGGAGGAGGGGGAGCAACAGAGUAGGAAGCUCCUGAACAUUGUUCUCCCUUUUUGCCCUUCCUUCCUACUUGCUGAGCUCAUGGGUGACCCAAGGGCUACAUAGUCUCCUCCUUUUCUUUUGCUUAUUGGCCACACUUUAACUCCCAGUAAGUCACUUUUUAAAAAGAGGUACGUUUGGUAACUAUACCAUAGUUCAUGAGGAUUCACUGUGUUCUUUACAAGAUAUGUCUAGGACUGAACAGAAGACUUGGUGGUUAAGAGCAUUUGCUGCUCUUACAGAGGACCCAGGUUCUGUUCUCAGCACCCACAUGGUGACUCUGACCUUGGAGGGCAUUGGGCUAUUCAACUGCCCUAGAACCCAAGCUGACUUUAAGCUUGUGACUUAUGAGCCUGAAUUAUCCUCCUGGAUACGGGAAUUAUCACCAUGUCUUUCUAUAUGGUAUUAUUGAAAAUGCAAAGAUAAUAGAUACUCGUGUUCCCACCAUAGGAGUGACAGCUAUACGAGGUAAUAUUUUGUUUGGUUGGUUUUUGUUUGUCGAAACAGGGUCUGACUUGUAGCUUUGGCUGUGCCGGAACUCCCUCCCUACGUGGACUAGACUGACCUUGAACUCACUGAGAUUUGCCUCCUUUUGCUUCCUGAGGGGUGGGAUUAAAGGCAUAGACACCAUGUGCAGCCUAGGUAGUAUAUUGGUAAUAGCUAGAUUUAACUAUCCCACUGUGUAUAUAUACUUCAUGUAUAUUGUCAAGUUGUCCGUGAUAAAUAUGAAUAACUUUAUAGGUCAAUUAAAACAUUUCAGGAGGA